AGAGAAGAGUGAAGGCCUGGAGGAACGACAGCCUGGGGAUCGUGAGGGCCUUGUCAGUAUUCCAGGGACAGGGUCCUGGUGGCAGCUGAGCUCCUGCUAUCCAAUGAAAUGGACCAGGGAGGGACAGUCUUUGGUUCCCCUUGGGGAUGGAGUGGCUGCUGCUGGCACUGUGUGUCCCUUUCUGUCUGGGCAGAGGUGCUGCUGGACACUACAGGAGAGACCUCGGAGAUCGGCUGGCUGACCUACCCCCCAGGUGGGUGGGAUGAGGUGAGCGUGCUGGAUGACCAGAGCCGCCUGACUCGGACCUUCGAGGCGUGCCACGUGGCAGGGGCCCCCGUGGGCACCGUGCAGGACAACUGGCUACAGACCCACUUUGUGGAGCGGAGAGGGGCCCACAGGGCCCACAUCAGACUCCACUUCUCUGUGAGAGCCUGCGCCAGCCUGGGCGUGAGCGGAGGCACCUGCCGGGAGACCUUCACUCUCUACUACCGCCAGGCGGAGGAGCCUGACAGCCCCGACGGCAGCCCCGCCUGGCACCUCCAGCGCUGGACCAAAGUGGACACCAUUGCAGCAGAUGAGAGCUUCCCUGCCUCCUCCUCCUCCUCCUCCUCCUCCUCCUGGGCCGUGGGGCCCCACAGGACCGGGCAGCGGGCCGGGCUGCAGCUGAAUGUCAAGGAGCGUAGUUUCGGCCCUCUUACCCAGCGCGGCUUCUACGUGGCCUUCCAGGACACGGGGGCCUGCCUGGCCCUGGUGGCUGUGAAGCUCUUCUCCUACACCUGUGCCCCUGUACUGCGGGCCUUCGCCUCCUUUCCAGAGACACAGGCCAGUGGGGCUGGGGGGGCUUCGCUGGUAGAAGCUGAGGGCACCUGUGUGGCUCACGCAGAGCUGGAGGAAGAUGGUGUGGGAGGCCAGGCUGGAGGCAAAUCCCCCAAACUGCAUUGCAAUGGGGAAGGCAAAUGGAUGGUGGCUGUCGGGGGCUGCCGCUGCCAGCCAGGACACCAGCCUGCACGCGGAGACAAGGCCUGCCAAGCCUGCCCUGUGGGGACCUAUAAGGCCUUAGCUGGGAAUGACCCCUGCUCACCAUGCCCUGUGCGCAGCCAUGCUGUAGACCCUGCGGCUCCCAUCUGCCCCUGCCUUCAGGGCUUCUACCGGGCCAGCUCUGACCCUCCAGAGGCUCCCUGCACCGGGCCUCCAUCAGCUCCCCGGGAGUUGUGGUUUGAGGUGCAAGGCUCUGUGCUCAUGCUGCACUGGCGCCUGCCUCAGGAGCUGGGCGGACGAGGAGACCUUCUCUUCAACGUUGUGUGCAAGGAAUGUGGGGCCCCUCAGGAGCCUAGCGGGGCAGGCACAUGUCGCCGCUGCAGGGAUGAGGUGCACUUCGAUCCCCGCCAGAGGGGACUGACUGAGAGUCGAGUGCUAGUUGGGGGGCUCCGAGCACACGUCUCCUAUGUCUUGGAGGUGCAGGCUGUCAACGGGGUGACUGAGCUCAGCCCUGACCCGCCCCAGGCUGCAGCCAUCAAUGUCAGCACCAGCCACGAAGUCCCCUCUGCAGUCCCUGUGGUGCACCAAGUGAGCCGGGCAGCCAACAGCAUCACUGUGUCCUGGCCGCAGCCCGAUCAGGCCAAUGGGAACAUCCUUGACUACCAGCUCCGCUACUAUGACCAGGCAGAAGAUGAAUCGCACUCCUUCACCCUGACCAGCGAGACCAACACUGCCACAGUGACACGGCUGAGCCCGGGCCACAUCUACGGCUUCCAGGUGCGAGCACGGACUGCCGCUGGCCAUGGCCCCUACGGGGGCAAGGUCUAUUUCCAGACACUGCCGCAAGGUGAGCUGUCCUCCCCACUCCCAGAAAAGCUGUCCUUGCUGAUUGGCUCCAUCCUGGGGGCCUUGGCCUUCCUCCUGCUAGCGGCUAUCACUGUGCUUGUCUUCAUCUUCCAGCGGAAGCGGCGUGGGACAGGCUACACAGAGCAGCUGCAGCAGUACAGCAGCCCAGGUCUUGGGGUAAAGUACUACAUCGACCCCUCUACUUAUGAGGACCCCUGCCAGGCCAUCCGCGAACUCACCCGAGAAGUUGACCCUGCAUAUAUCAAGAUUGAGGAAGUCAUUGGGGCAGGUUCUUUUGGAGAAGUGCGUCGGGGCCGCCUGCAGCCCCGGGGCCGGCGCGAACAGGCCGUGGCCAUCCAGGCCCUGUGGGCUGGGGGUGCCGAGAGCCUGCAGAUGACCUUCCUGGGCCGGGCUGCACUGCUGGGCCAGUUCCAGCACCCCAACGUCUUGCGGCUGGAGGGCGUAGUCACCAAGAGCCGGCCCUUAAUGGUGCUGACAGAAUUCAUGGAGCUUGGGCCCCUGGACAGCUUCCUCAGGCAGCGGGAGGGCCAGUUCAGCAGCCUGCAGCUGGUGGCCAUGCAGCGGGGAGUGGCGGCCGCCAUGCAGUACCUGGCCAGCUUUGCUUUCGUGCACCGCGCGCUCUCUGCCAGAAGUGUGCUGGUGAAUAGCCACCUGGUGUGCAAGGUGGCACGUCUUGGCCACAGCCCCCAGAGCUCAGGUUGUUUGCUUCGCUGGGCGGCCCCCGAGGUCAUCGCACACGGAAAGUAUACGACAUCCAGUGACGUCUGGAGCUUCGGGAUACUCAUGUGGGAAGUGAUGAGCUAUGGAGAGCGCCCCUACUGGGACAUGAGCGAGCAGGAGGUCCUGAAUGCCAUAGAGCAGGAGUUCCGGCUGCCACCGCCUCCAGGCUGCCCUCCUGGACUACAUUUGCUCAUGUUGGACACCUGGCAGAAGGACCGAGCCCAGCGGCCUCAUUUUGACCAGCUGGUGGCUGCAUUUGACAAGAUGAUCCGCAAACCAGACACACUGCAGGCUGACGGGGGCUCCGGGGACAGACCUUCCCAGGCCCUCUUGAAACCUGUGGCCCUGGACUUCCCUUGCCUGGACUCGCCCCAGGCCUGGCUUUCAGCCAUUGGACUAGAGUGCUACCAGGACAACUUCUCUAAGUUUGGCCUCUGCACCUUCAGUGACGUGGCUCAGCUCAGCCUGGAAGACCUGCCUGCCCUUGGCAUCACCCUGGCUGGGCACCAGAAGAAGCUGCUGUACAACAUUCAGCUCCUUCAGCAACACCUGAGGCAGCCUGGCUCAGUGGAGGUGUGAAUGCAGCUGGGUUAAGCAGCUCAUCACUGACUGACCAUGCAAGAACCCAGCUGGACGCAGGUCCAAGGAGGGACAAGUGAGACGACAGGAGCCAGGCACUGCCGCCACCUCCUGUCUGCCACACUCAGCCCAGCCCUUGGGCAGUGGAAACUGUAUUCCUUGGUCCUCCCCCCUUCACUGGCCUCCCCCACAUUAAAGGGAAAGAAGGGA